CUGUAAUGACGAUUGAACAUGAUACAACUAAUGCAGAGUUUUCAAAAUCAUUUAAAAAUAAUACAAAUGAACAACCUAAUCAAGAACUUGAAAAAUCAAAUUAUUCAUCUUCAUCUAGUACCUGUAGUAGUGUUGACUUAUGCAGUUCAAGCUAUGAAAGUGCUGAUGAAAUUGAUGAAUCUAUUUUUACAAACUGUGAACCAGAAUUAGAGUACAUAGUCAAGCCUCAAAGCCUUCGUACAGUUCCUGGUCCUUAUGAUAUUUCACAAACCAUCGAUGAAGAGCCAUAUCAACCAAAUUUAAAGAACUAUCCUAAGACUACCUAUGGUACUGGCCGGACAAAGAGGACCAGAAGUUUUCAAUUUUGUUGGUAUGAGCAAUUUAAGUGGAUAGAAUAUAGUCAAAGUGAAAAUGCUGUAUAUUGUUUUCCUUGUAGGUUUUUUUCACUUAAACAAAAGAACGAUAGUGAUAGUAUGUUUAUAAGUACAGGUUACACUAAUUGGAAAAAUGCAAUGUCUAGUAGGGGUUUUUUGAGACAUGAUAAUAGUGAUGAACAUAAAAACUGUACUAUUUCAUGGGGUAUUGCCUUCCGUGGACAUCUUGAAAAUGAAUCUAGUAUAAAUCAAGGAAAUUUCUUAGAGUUGAUGAAAGUUAUUUCUCUUUUUGAUAAUGUUGUUAAAAAGAAAAUUAAUGGCCCAAAAAAUGCUAGGUAUCUUCAUCAUUCAAUACAGAAAGAAUUAAUUCACAUCAUGGCUAGUAUGAUAAUAAAUAAAAUAUCUUCUGAACUAGACAAAUCUAUGUAUUUUGCAAUAAUGAUAGAUGAAACUAAGGAUAUUACAAAAACUGAACAAUUAUCAGUUGUCGUUAGAUAUUAUUAUAACAAUGAAAUUAAAGAGCGAUUUUUAGGGUUUACUCCACUAAAAAAUUUAGAUGCAAACACAUUAUUUAAUCAUAUUCAAACAUAUGAUGGAGCUAAUGUUAUGAGAGGCUCAAUUAAUGGAGUUCAAGCUUUAUUUAAAAAUAAAGUUCCUCAUGCUGUUUAUAUUCAUUGCCACAAUCAUCGUCUUAAUUUAGUUCUUGUAGAUGUAGCAAAAAAUGUUGAUGAAUUCAUUGAGCUUCAAAAACAAAUUUUAAAAAUUCCAAAACCAAUUGAACUUAAAAGAUUAUGCCUUACUCGUUGGUCAUCUCAAAUUCAUACAUGUCGAGCUGUUAAAGCUACUUUGGAAGUUAUACUGUUGUUAUUAUAUAAGAUUUCAAAUGAAAAAAAUAAAAAUGCUGAUAUGGCCAAAGCAAUUAUAUUAAUGAAUUUUCUUAAAGAACAUUUUUGUGAAAUAAGAAAUGAUCUAAGUUAUCAUUCAAAAUUAUAUAGUGAAUCCAAAUUAAUGGCAAAUAAAUUAAAUAUAAAACACCCUUCUGCACAAAAUAAAGAAAAAAACAGAGUUAAAAAAUUACCCAAACAUUUGCAACAAUUUAUAGUUGAAGGUAGUUCAUUGGAAAGUUCAGUAUUAGGUUCAGAAACUGAUUUUCGAAAAAACCUUUAUUUAAUUAUUAUAGAUAAAAUCAAUGCUGAACUAAGUAAAAGAUUUUCUAAUAAUGAAGAUUUAUUGAUAGGAAUUAGUGUAUUGGACCCAAGAAAUAAGUUUCUUGAUUUGUAUAAAUCAUUUCCAUGUCUUUGGAAAAUUAAAUCGAAAGAAUAUUCUAACCGAAAUAUCAAAGAUCGGGCAUAUGAAGUUCUUAUCGAAAAAAUGAAGGAGAUUGAUAAAAACGUAAAUAGAGAUGCUGUGGUUAAGAAGAUUAACUCAUUACGGUCAGCAUAUCGGAAAGAAUUAAAAAAAAUUAAGGAUUCUGUAAGGUCAGGAGCUGGCGAAGAGGAUAUAUUCACUCCACAUUUAUUUUAUUUUAAUGAAAUUGAUUUUAUCAGAGACUAG